CUCAGUCUAUCUUCAAACUUCGGUGUAGAAGCUUGUUCAGUACAAAAGAGUUUGUCUAGGUUUUUGAACAGCACAACAAUUUCAAUCUAUUUCUAGUUUGAUUAGCCUACCUUUGUUUGGCAAACUGAUAGGUACGAUAAUUUGAAAAGGGGAGCCAACAGUUUGUUGUGGUAUCACUGGUUUUUGAGCAGGUGCGAAGAUACCGCUACCUAGCGGUGAAAUUGCAAAUCACUUCAUAAUCUUGUUGGCUGUGCAGUGUGUUGAAGUUUAGUAGGUUUUUGGUUAGGUGUAGUGUUACUGGCAAUUUGAUUGUGAAUCAAUUAUUUGUGUAAUGUCGCGUUGUUUUUCGGGUUAGUGUGAAAAAUUGUUGAUUUUUGUGUCGUUGUAUUAUUGUGGAUGUGUGAACACAUGUUGUCCAAGCAACAAAUAAUAUGGAUUCACCAGCAGCCUAUUGGGACGAAACUUCAAAUUUGCACAAUAACCUCAAAUAUGAAAGAUGUGGUUCAGGAAAUUCAGGACCUCCAUCUCGCGUCUGUAAGGAAGAACAAAAUGUUUAUCGCUAUUGCGAAACCAAUGGAGGGAACUUGAACUUUACGACGGCCGCUACAAGUGAAGAUGAUGAAUAUACCUAUCACAAGAAAAAAAUCUCAAGGGACCCGAUGUCGCACCGGAUAAUCGAGAAGCGUCGCCGCGACCGCAUGAACAACUGCCUGGCCGAUCUGUCGCGCCUCAUCCCGGCCGACUACCUGAAGAAGGGUCGCGGCCGCAUCGAGAAGACUGAAAUCAUUGAAAUGGCCAUCAAGCACAUGAAGUAUCUGCAAGCCCACUUCUGCAGUCACAUCGGCGCUUCGGAAGGCUUCACCCCCGACCGCCGGCCCUCCUCACCCCACCCCCACUGCGAGGAGUCGAUGUCUUCCCCUCCCACCUCGGAGGAACCCCUUGCUCCCCCCCUGGCCAAGCCGAGUGAGCACUACCGCCUGGGGUUCCACGAGUGCCUCACUGAGACUAUGCACUUCCUUGUCGAAGUCGAGGGAUAUUACUCGGGAGAUGCACUGUGUGUCUCUCUCAUCAGCCAUCUACAGAAGCAUUGUGAUUCUAUCAUCAAAAGCGACCGUUUGAGCAGCCUGAACCACCUACCACCAGCCAGCUCCUCGACCGCCUCCAACUGUGGAGAGUCGGUCAGCACCUCCUCACCUAGCUCUGCCUCUGGGGUCGGAGGAGUUGAAGGAGGAGGUGGAGGAGGAGUAACAACCAAGAUGGCGCCCGAACACCAUCACCACAAUGGCGGCUCUAGUUCUAGCAGUGAAGCAGGCCGCAGUGGCGAUGACCUCCACAUGCUCUAUGAGAACCAAAAUGGCGGCGGCAGCAGUCAGCUGAGGGAUAUCCUCACCAGUCCAAACAGCAAUCACUCCAUGGCUAGUCGGCUACAGCUGGGUGUGGACUCUCCAACACCGCCCAACAAUGGCUCCACUUCGAGUCACGACUCGAGUCACUCCAAUGGAGGCGGAAGCGCGGCUGGAUUCAAAUUCAAAAACAACAUCAAGCAACGCUUCAGCGCCGAACACCCCCACCCCCACCCUAACCAUCCACUAGCUGACAGGAUUGCUACAAUUACGACGAGCUCCAGUGAUGUCACCAAGGACUGUCGAUCAACUAGUUGUACGUCGUCGACGACAUCAGGCAAGCGGCGACACUCGGUCGAACCGGGCAGUGAUCUGGACGCCCCGUCGCCCCAGCAGAGGCCCUACAUCCAGUCCACCAGCAUCCCCAUAUUCGCCCUGCAUUCGGCCGGCUCUUUCUACAUCCCCCUCACCGUUGACCUGGAUGCUAUCACCCCGUUCCUCGGAAAUGUGUCCUUGGAAACACAUCCCAACCUGUCCUCCCUGGUUUUACAUCCUGUUACGAUUUCGGUCAACUUUCACCCGCCCAAAGUGAUUUUCACUAACAAUGCUAUGGUGAAUCAUAACAAUAAUAGUUUGGUGGCCAAUGGGAAGAUGGCGGCGAGUAAUGGCUGGAAUGGGUUACAACCGGCAGCUGUUAAUAGUUUUCUGCCGAUUCCUAAGUGGGCGGCUUGUUUGCCCGAGCGAAGCUGAAACUGAUUCUUCUAUUCAAUUGAUCAAUUAUUCAUUGGUUGAUUGAUUAAUCUAAUUAAUCAAUAAAUCAACCUAAAAUCUAAAUCUAAUUAAUCUACCUGUGUUGUAUAUCCAUACUUUUUCACUAUUAAUUUAAAAAACUUGGAUUUUAAAACACCUCUGGAGUGAUGAAUGCACGAUCUUUUUGACCUGGUUUGGGUCAUCGUCCAGCUGAUAGUAAGUGCAUUUUCCACUUCAUAAGAAGUGUUUUAAAAUUCAAGUUUUUCAAUCUAUAUUGAUUGAGUAUUAGAUUGAUUGUUUAAUUGAUUGUUUGGUUUUUAUUGAUUCAUUGUUAUAUUUAAUGAUUGAUUAAUUGAACUACAGUACCAGCCAAAAUAAACAGUACUGAAAUGGUAAUACUUUAUUUUACGUAUCAAUUUUAACAACACUUACAAGUUAAAAAUAAUUGAGGACAAAAUUUUGUAAUGGGAACAUCUACAAGAUGUUUUACUUUUUCAACCUAUUUCGGACUAUGUGUAACCUUAUCUAAAUUUGGGAGAAGAAUAGCACAAGGUUACCUUAUUUUUCCUCUCCCUAUAAUUUUGAUAAUGUACUUAUUGUAUCAAUCAAUAAAGAAUUAAUUAAAUUCAAAGGAAGUAAAAUAGGUUAAACAAGGGUAAUAACAUGUUCAAUAUGACCCCCGUUCAAUUGUAGGCAACACUCGUACGGAUUUAAUCCAGUUUAAAAUUAAAUUUAGUUUAAACUGUGCAAACGGCCCUAAGAUUCAUAGCAUUACUAUGCGGGUUUUUGUGGAAAUGUUCCUGAAAACUUAGAGCAGUGUGUGACAAGCUUGGACCACCCGCACGUCCAUUUACGUAUGAACGAAAAUAAUGCUCUACGAUAAAAGUUUUUCAUACAGUUGUUAGCACCAUGUUAACAAAAACUAACCUUUAAUAAGAAAGAAGUAAUGAACGCGAAGCCGUGGCAACAAUCACUAAUUGAAUCAGCUGAUCGAGAAGGCAACUACAGCUGAUUCAGUUUCAGUACUGUUUAUUUUGGCUGUGUUGAGUAAGUGUUCAAUUGAUUGAGAGGGUGAACACUAAGGCUGGGCGUACACCGGUUAGUCUCAAGACAAGACUAGUCACGUCUAGUCACAAUACUUCAAAUAGUUGCCAUGUUUAAUUGCAAUGACUAAUCAGUGUGAGCUGCGUCAUAAGCAACAAUGUGAAGUAUUGUGACUAAACGUGUCUGAUCCUGUCUUGUCUUGUCUUGACUAACUGGUGUGUGCCUGGCCUAACGAGUGUCAGAGGUUGUAAGGUAGGUAGGGAUCAGUUAGUUUCCUAUAAUCGAUGCUGGUUGGUGCAAACAUGAGUACCGUAUCAUACUCAAAGACCUUAAAGAUGCAUAGACUCACAUGCAGCGCUAGUGUCGUACUUGGAAUUGAAAUCCGCCAUUGAGGGGGCAACCCAUAAGAUUGUUACAUACCAAUGCCACCAAUGCCUUUGUGAUCUAUAGUAUUACAAAUAUAUAAUGUAUAAUAUCUCGUGCUAAAAUACCCCAAUGGCGGCCUUCAAUUUCAAGUAAGAGCUAUCAUUGGGAAGGCAUAGGCAUUGUGGGUCUAUAUCUCUUUAAGGUCUUUGAUCAUACUAGUUUAUCUAUUCUUAUUCUAUGGUGCAACCAUAGCGAGAUUAGUUUUUAUCUAAGAUCAGCUAGUUGGUAGUUAUGUUGUGAUCAUUGGUGAUGAAUAUUUUCUUGCUGAGCAUGUCAUACUAUCUUUUGAUACUACCUAGUAGAUCUAUAUAGAAUACCGAUUGUACAGUUCAAUUACAGCUAGAUAACUAGGUAUGAUCAGAUGGUUCAAAAUAAUUGAUCCCUGCCUAUGCCUAAGUAUGUUGAAACUGGUUUUACACUAUCAAAUAUUUGUGAAAUGGAAUAGGUUACUUGAAACUGUCUUAACCAAUAUUUAAAGCUAUACGAAGUACUUGUCAAGUCGAAUUGACUAUAGCUGCGUUUACACCAAAGUUAUUAAAAAAAUGUUAAUAACUUAAUAAUUAUUAUGGAUUCUAUUAGAUUGAACAUAACUUAUCAUACACAUGAUGAACAUAUGUGUUUGUCAAGUUCCGUUCUAUCUUAUAGAAUCUAUAAGGAUUAAGUUAUUAACAUUUUGUUAGUCACUUUGGUGUAAACGCAGCUUAGUCCUUCAAAUUAAAUGCGAUAUCUUGGUCAAGAUUUAGAGCUAUAUCAAGGUUUUGUCAAAAUGUAUUGUCUAUUUGAAACUAUUGUCAAUUUUUUAAUUUUGUACAAAUUUGGAAAUUGGUUGAGAUUUGGAGGCUUUUCAAAAAAAUAAUUGACUAUUUGAUUUAGAUUUGAUCGUGUAAAAAUUGUUUGAUAAAACGCUAGAGACACAGACACAACAAACCUAUAUUCUAUAUAAAUUUAUUGAUUGUAAAAAUUAUGAAUUUACAACCUGAUAAUAUCAUUGAAUCUUCAGAAGACUCUAGUAGGCUAUCAUCAAUAAAUCUUUGCAUCACAAUUUUAAUUUUUUUAUGCUUCAGGUCUUUUUAGUAGAUGAAAUAUAGUUUAUCUGUGUAUAGUGAAUUUUACAUCUAUAUAUCUUGACAGAAGAAAGAAAUUUACUUGGAAGUUUCUCUAGCGGUUUAUUGAAACUAAAUUUAACCGUUAAAUUUUAACCGUGAUUAAUUCUACGAGAACCAGUUUGAAAAAUCGUUUUUUUAAAAACGCCUUCUUUGAUUGGUUCUCGUGAAAGUAAUCACAGUUAAAAUUUAACCAGCUGUUGUGCAACCAGGCCUUUGAGUGUUAGGUUUAGUUAAUGUUUGUGAUAAUUAUGUCAAUGAUUUUUUUAGGAGUUUUUAUCUCCUUAGGUGAUGUGACUUUCUCGAUUUUUUUGUUGAUGUGACUUUCCUUGAUUUUUGUUUUUGUUCAUUACUGAGGAGGAGUAUAGCUUCUCCAAACUUGUUUUAUUUCAUUGUUUCAAAUUUUAUCUUCUAUUCAAAAUAGAUUGUUCAAACAAUAUUUUAAAAAUAUAAAAUCACUAAAAAAACGUAUUGCUCUAUUAGAUAGUCUAUGAAACCUCAGUCUUCAAAUCUACUGAAAAUGGUUGGUGCUCAAUGAUACUUUAUGUGAUUUUGUAAAAUUGAUUAUUGUUUUUCUAAAAUAAAGAUUAUUUUUAUAAGAAAA